AUGGCUCGUGUUGAUGUCUCUUGGAAGAUGACAGUUCAAAAUCUUGGUGGAGUUGAUACUGUUGUUACUUUUCGACUAGAGAAACAUGGUCGGGGAUUUAGAUAUGUUGCGAAUGGAUGGCGUUCCAAGUUCACUAAACCCAAUGGAAUCAAUGCACCUCAGAGAUGCACUUUCGUAUACUCUCCUGAUGCAGAUAAGUUGAUUUUGAAGAAAGUUUCGAACCGUAAAAUGGAGGUUGCAAAGGUUACUAUGCUGAAUGAUUUAAACAGUUAUUCAAAUAACUAUUCCAUUAGAGUCAAGAUCGGCAAUAUGAUACAAGCUAGCUGCCUUCAUAAGUUGUUAGAAAGAUUCGAAGAGUUCCUGCAGCUUGAUGAAUGUCAUCAGAUUACUAAACCUUCUCUUGCUGCUAAUAGGUCAUCUUCUAAAUUGGUCAACAGGAAUGAAAAAACAUCUUUGUAUUUUUAUACAUCUGUUGAGAAAGUACUUGACUGGUCUGGUCCGAAAUACAAAUUUAAUUUCGUCAAUCUAAAAGAUGUUGUUCAGAAUAAAGUAGAAGUUAAUACUACUGUUGAUUUUAUUGGAUUUGUUGAAGUGUGUUUCAACAUCGAAGACACAACAAAGAAAGAUGGUAGCAAAGGAAAGAGACUCAAUCUGAAAAUUGAAGACCUUGAAGAUCAAAAAUGUCCGGUUACGUUGUGGGACUCUUUUGCUGUUGACAUGUUUACGUACAUGAAUGACAAGAAACGUGAGAAAUUUGUGGUUAUCAUUUGCCACUUUGGUACAGUAAAUCUUUACAAGGGCAAGCGUGGAGUAGCCAACAGUUUUGAUCUAAGUAGACUUUUUAUUGAUAAUGCUGACAUUGAAGAAAUUCCAUCUUUCAGAGAGAGGUAUGUUGCCAAAGUUUCUGCUUCCAAGUCAUCUAAUGAGACUCUUGGUUCUUAUCUUAUUUCAAAUGUGGAAGAUGAGUUCCUCAACAAAGGAGAUUUCAUGCUCAUUGGUUUACUUGGAACCAUAUUAGAGAAGAAGAAGGUGUUGGUUAUUGGCACAGUCACUGCCAUAUGCACUGAUAAGCUUUGGUAUUACAAUGGUUGUAACCACUGCAAAUCACGUGUCGAGGAUAGAUUUGUAACUAAAGAAGGUGACGAUGGUUCAUGUGAUGCAGCUGAAACAAAGGCUUUGGUGUGUACCAACAAUGAAUGUCAAGGAGUGGACAUUUAUGCAAUUCCGCGUUUCAAGAUACCUAUCAGGGUCCAAGAUUCAUCUGGAACAGUUUCAUUAACCCUGUUUGAUUAUGAAGCUUUAAAAAUUUUUAAGAAAUCGGCCAAAGACUUACUUGCUAUUCAAGAUCAGGUUGUUAAUUCCGGUGAGAUCCCCAAUCCCUAUCCUGAGGUAUUUGGCACAUUGGUUGGAAAGAAAUAUGCCUUUGUCAUAAAUGUUAGCGACUAUAACAUUGAAUAUCAAGUUGAGAAUUAUGGCAUUACAAUGGCAACGAAUGAUGAUGACAUCAUUGAUGCUCUCUACUCCAAAUUCAAUAUAAACCAGUCUGAAUCGUAUGGUGUUCCGUUGUCCGCCAGUGUGUCUAAUGCCUGUGAGGUUACUAAGGAUGACGUGUCAAUCACCGGUGAUAAUGUUACGCCUAUUUCCAAUGGACCUGGAACCAGCAAGAAGGUGUCUUCUGUUGAAGUAAAACGUAAUCUUGGUGAAGUUUACGAACUAGAUGAUGAAUUACGUUGUUCUUCUACAAAGCGCCGCAUGAGUGAUGAAAUCGUCGAAGAUGAAGUUGUUGAUCAUUCGAAGACAUUGAUUCCGAAGAUUGAGAAAUAA